UGGGGAGAAAAACUAGACUUAAACAGUAUAAUUGUUUCAAAUGCAGCUAUAAAAACAAGCUCAGAGAGCUUUUUUAAAAUACACCUACUAAGACAUUCAUGUGAAAAGCCAUUCAAGUGUGCACAGUGUAGUUAUGCUUGUUCAACACAUAGAAAUUUAAAAACGCAUUUAUUAAUUCACACAGACGAGAAACCUUUCAAGUGCUCCCAUUGUAACUAUGCUUGUAGAAAUGGUUCAGCUUUAAAAAAAACACAUUUUAACUCACACAGCCAUACACAUGUUCAUUGUGUAAUUAUGCUUGCAGAGAAAGUUUCAACUUUAAAGAAACAUGUAUUAACUCAUACAGGUGAAAGGCCAUUCAAAUGUACAGAAUGUAAUUAUGCUUGUGCCAGACAAGAAAAUUUAAGGACUCAUCUACUAAUUCAUUCUGGAGAGAAGCCGUAUAAGUGCACUGUUUGUGAAUAUGCUUGCAGGGAAAAAUCACAUGUGAAAAAGACCUUUAAGUGCACACUUUGCACUUAUGCUAGCACAUCAGGUGAAAGUUUAAGAAAACAUUCAUUAACUCAUUCAGAUGAAAAACCAUUUAAGUGUUCUGUGUGUGAUUAUGCCUGUAGAAGGAGUGGAGAUCUGAAGAGGCAUUCUUUAUCUCAUACAGGAGAAAAGCCUUUCAAGUGUACCAAAUGUAGCUACGCUUGCACACAAAAUAGAUACUUAAAGAAACACUUGUCAACUCAUGAAGAUGAAAACUCUUAGUAUUUCCUUAUGGUCAUUUAUAUUUGGGUAUAUAGUAAUAAGUUACCUGUGCAACAGAGCAUCACUAACCUUACAUGUCUUAAAAAUGAUGUUAUUAACUUGAAUAAUAGCCAAUAAACCAGUAUGGUUUCAACUAUAGACAAGGGCUUUGUGGUAUUUAAUUUAAAAGUUAUGUCAUUCUAUACAUUAUGUUUAAAUAAUAAAAAAACUAUACAAUUUUUGGGGUGAUUACCAGGUCUUUUAUGAAUGUAUCUUUAAUGUUUUUGGCUCUAUAAGGUAUAAAUUAAAGCUGAAAAACUGGUUUGUUAUGUUUAUUAAAGUUCUACUCUGGAA